GAGAGGUUUGAGGCGAACGAAUUUUCCGUUUUCAGUCGCCGACGGAAAACAGCGCGCGUCGGCCGCAAUCGCAAUUUCGAUAUCUCGCGUUUUGGUGCUGUGUUUAUAUAACGUGAAUAACAUAUAUAAACCAAAUCUCCAUCAUAUUUUCCUAAUGUAGUAAAGUAAAACGUAAAGAAAAAAAUAUUAAAGAUUUAUGAGCAAAGGAAUUAUCGAAAUUCGAUCAUCGAAUAACGAUCGAUAAAAGAUCUUUCGUCGAUCGAGUUACGAUCGUUCAAAAAAAAAAAAAAAAAAAAAAAAAAAAGAAAAAGAAAAGAGGAAAAGGCGGAAGAAGGAAAUCAAAAAAUUACAGAUAGUCCAGUUGGAAACAAAAUUUCGCGUGUGUUCGAUAAAACGUAUUACGAAACUAAGACGUUUGUUAACAAGAAAAGAAAAAAAUUAAUAAAUAAAUAAAUAAAAAGAAAAAGAAAAGAAAAAGAAAAGAAAAACGUGUAUGUUAAAAAAAAUAGUGACGACAGUUCGAUAAAAAUUCUAACCUGUACCGAAGAUUAAUUCUAAAGAACAAAUUAAAAAAAAAAAAAAAAAAAAAAGAAAAAAAAAGAUUUUUAGCAAACAUUUCUGUGAACAAAGUGAAAAGAUUAUAAGAAGAGACAAAAAAAUCAGAGAUAAAAAUUCGUGCAAUAAAGAAAGACGCGUGAUAAGUUCAACAAAAAUUUGUGCAAUAAAGGAGACAACAAAGUGAAAAGAUCAUUAAAAAAAAAAAAAAAAAAAAAAAAAAAAAAAUAAUCGUGCGUGAAAGAAAACAACAAGAAAUUCAAGACUUCGAAAUUCAAGAUAAGACAACAUAAUUCUUGAAGUUAAUUCGUGGAAAUUCGAGGGGCAACAAAAUUUUUUUUAAUUCCUUUGCAAAAAGAAACAACAACAAUAACAACAAUAGCAACAAUAUUUCAAGAAAAUUCGUAUGAAGGUAGAAGGGGCGACAAACUUAAGAGAAAAAAAAAGAAGUAUAAAAGAAAAAGAAUAAAAUAAAAUUAAAUUAAAUCAAAUAAAACAAAUAGAAAAAUUUAUUGAGAAAUUGAAACCUUAGAGGGUUGAAUAGAAGAUAUAAAAAAGAAUUAAAAAAAAAAAAUAAAAAAAAAAAAGCUGGAUAAUAAGAACAGCCGAGAAAAAGAGAGAGAGAAAGAGAGAGAGAGAAAGAGAGAGAGAGAGAGAGAGAGAGAGAGAGAGAGAGAGAAGUAUAGUGGUUAAAUAUAGCUUAAACUGAAUGAUUGAUUACGAAUAAAAAUUGAAUCGAGAUAUUAAAAGAGAGACAUCUCCAAUGAUUAUAUUCGUCGUAUGGUAAUCAUUUUAAAUAUGUUGUGAGACGUAUUUAAAAAGAAAAAAAAAAUAGAAAAAGAAACAACCAUCAAGAAGAAGAAGAAGAAGAAGAAGAAGAAGAAGAAGAAGAAGAAGAAGAAGAAGAAGAAGAAGAAGAAUAACAGCAAAAUCGAAGAAAAAUGGAAGGAAACGAUAGUACGAAUUAUUGGCAAAAUUUGAGCUUAUCGAACGUAAGCCAUCACACAGACGAUCAAAUAAUGUCGAAUCUAAGCGUACAGAUAAUAUUCUGUAUAUUUUAUGGUAAUAUAUUUAUACUCGGUGUAUUCGGUAAUGUAUUGGUAUGUUACGUUGUAUUACGUAAUCAACAGAUGCAAACCGUAACAAAUCUCUUUAUAACGAACUUAGCGUUCAGCGAUUUAUUAUUGUGCGUAUUGGCGGUACCAUUUACGCCAUUGUACACAUUUUUAGGUGGUUGGAUAUUUGGUAGGAUAUUGUGCCAUUUGGUACCGUACGCACAAGGUGUAAGCGUUUACAUAAGUACAUGGACAUUGACGAGCAUAGCGAUAGAUCGUUUCCUUGUAAUAUUAUAUCCAUUUCAUCCGCGUAUGAAAAUUGAAAUCUGUUGGACUAUAAUAUUUGGCAUAUGGAUGGUUGCAUUAAUGUUGACCCUACCAUAUGGGUUUUAUAUGCAAUUCGAACCUUACGAGCCUUAUACUUAUUGCGAAGAACAUUGGCCGAGCGAGCCAUUCCGUAAGGUUUUCAGUUCAUUUACAACGAUAUUGCAAUUUCUCGUGCCCUGUUUCGUAAUAACACUUUGUUACAUAUGCGUUUGGAUAAAAUUGAAUGAUAGGGCAAGAUUAAAGCCCGGUAGCAAAAGUAGCAAACGCGAAGAAACGGAUCGUGAGAGGAAGAAACGUACGAACAGAAUGUUGGUAGCUAUGGUAAUAAUAUUUGGAUUCUCAUGGUUACCAUUAAACAUCGUUAACAUCAUCAAUGACUUUUAUCCGCCUGCCAACGAUUGGUCUUAUUACGGAUUGUUCUUCUUUAUGACCCAUUGUCUUGCUAUGAGCAGCACCUGUUAUAAUCCAUUUCUUUAUGCCUGGCUCAACGAUAAUUUUCGGAAGGAAUUCAAACAGGUCCUACCAUGUUUCUCGAGGACAUCGAGGAACAGUACCCCGAGAUUAACGGAGGGUUGUAGAAGUGAGAAACUCUGCAAUGGAAAUAAUACCGUACAAGAAAGUCUAUUACCAAGUCAGGCGAUUAAAGUCCAGGUGUCACAGGGUUGCGAGAUGAUAACCUUGAAUCCAACUACGACAAAUACUUUAAAGGGUCAGGAUCGUCGUUCGAGCACGUCCAAGGAUUUCGAAGAUGCAAUUCUCUAAAAGGAAUCAUAAUCUUCGUUUAGACAGCUGUACUUUUUUCAAUUUUGAAACAACAAUGGCCACAACAAUGGCCACAACAAUGGCCACAACAAUGAUACCAUCAAUGGAAAACAAGAGGCGAUCGAUCCUUCGAAGCUUUACAACGAAUCACGCUUAAAGGAGAACAAUGACGUGAACAGAUGCUGCCAUUAGAUCUCGAAUUAACGCGAAUUUCACGGAUAUGUUCGUUAAGUUUAUAGCGCAUGACAUUACGCAUUUGAAAUUGGCAAAUAAAUUUCUGAAUUAUAAAUUUAUAA